AUGGUGAUCAGAAAAGUUAAAUUGGGAGGAUAUGGCCACACGGUUGAGAUUGACGAAUCAAAAUUUGGGCGUCGAAAACACCAUAGAGGUCACAGGGUUGAGGGACAGUGGGUAUUCGGGGGCUAUGAAAGGGAAACUGGCAAUGUUGUCCCGGUUGAAAAGCGUGACGCCACAACCCUACUACACGUCAUAAAAGAGUGGAUCAAGCCCGGAACAACCAUAAUCUCCGAUUGUUGGAAGGCUUACAACACCUUAAACAAUGAAGGCUAUGUCCACAUGACGGUCAACCAUAGACUCCAUUUCAAGGACCCGGAAACUGGAGUGCACUCAAAUUCCAUUGAGACUUCCUGGAGACACGCCAAGGCAUCAAUGUCCAAUUAUUGCCGGAAAAAAAAAAUUUUCCCGGGAUACUUGGCCAAACACAUGUCUACCAAACACUGUCGGAUCUACAAUUUAGAUCCGACAGCUGAGUUUUUCAAAAACGCCGGUACACUGUACCAUAAAGAAAACGAAAAUGUUAUAUUUAAUGACGGCCACGGCGGUGACGACGACGGCAACGACGACGACGACGAGUGA